UUAGUGAGAGCUACUGGGUCUAGAAUCCUGUCUCAACCUUGACUAUCCCUUGCUUGGCGUUUCCGUGUGCGAGUGUCGGACGGGACUGAGAGAUCCGCAUCGCCGAACGGACUUCGACUACGCACCACGGCCGGGUUGGGCCCCUUAAACAACGGCACACAACAUUACGCGACGCCGCACGACGAGACCGCGCGGCUUCAACAGCCGGUGGCGCCCGACAUAUGUCUAACAUCAUGUCCGAGAUAUCUUCUUUCGCGACGUCUAAGCGCUCGGCAUGCGACCGCUGUCGUAGCCAGAAGCUGCGGUGCCCACCGCGAGAACCAGGCGCGACCGCGUGCGCGCGGUGCCUUCGGCUGGGCGCGGAGUGCGUUACGAGCUAUCCUAGGCCGCCGGGUCGGUCUUCGAAGGCGAACAAUCCCGAGGCUCUCUCUCAGCAGCCCCUGAGGACUUCUCGACCGGCGGAGCCGAGACGCCAAGUAGCGAUGCCCGGGUCUGUCGCUAUACCGCCCUCUACUUCACACGCGAUAGUAUCCGCGACGACGGCUACCGCGUCGAGACAUACUCACAGUCCGACGUCGCACGCCCGGUCGCAUUCGAACGAUCCCCCGUUCGUCUCGGGCCCCUACCAGGAUCUCUUCAAGCACACCUCUACCAUAUCCGCCGACAACUUGGCCUUCUUGACCCCAGACCCGUCACAUCACGAUCUUGACGAUGUUUUCUUUUCUAUGGAUCCGUCCACUUUUACGCACGCCCACGUUGAUAAGACCGAUCCUUCGCAAGGAAUAACGCCGCGAACGGAGGACGCCUUUGACAACGACAAGUCUGCCGGCGACGGCAACAGCUACCUCGAGAACGACACGCGGCUAUCGAGCCUCAUGCUUGACCUAUCUAGACGUCUCGAACAGUGCAUGGAGAUGACCUCGUCCGCGGAUAACAUGAUGACGAUGGACAUACCGUCUGCGACCGACUCGACGAGCCAGAAUCUGCUCACGCACGCCCUCGGCGACCUAUCCGAGUUUCUCUUCAUCGUCCAAUCCUACGUAUCGCGAAAACCCACCCUCGCCUCCGACGCCUCGGAAAGCGGCGCAACAAUGGGAAGCAGCAGCAGCAGCAUGGUGGGCGCCGAGUCCCGCAUCGGCACGGUAGUGCUGCUCAACAUCCUCUCUGCGUACCUCCAGAUCGUCGCCAUAUACGACAUCCUCCUGCAGACGCUAAGCGACCGGCUGCUGGAGGGGCUGGACGAAGCCUCGGGGGACUCGCAGAGGACCCUGCGGGGGCUGCCGCUGGCGGGACUCUCGCAGAGGCAGGGCAACCUGCAGACGCGGAUACUGCUGCACGCCAUAUUGCAUCAGUUCGAUACCGUCGAGAGCGUGCUCGGGCUACCGGCUGAGUUUCGCGUGACGGAUAAGAGCGGGCCGUACUCGGGCCUGUUCGAGGACGAGCGUGCUACAGGGCUGCUUCAGGCGGUGGGGUUGGGGACGACCGCCUUGGCGUUUCCUACAAACCGCCUGGAGACAAGGUCGUUGCCCUCGCUGAAGGACGCGAUACGGAAGAUACAGUCCUUCCUGAGUAUGUAAUUGGUUGGGAUCACUGUAUAGCUAGGCCAGCCGAUACCCGGAGGCAACACUUAAUCCUACCAAGGAGUGUGGUAAUAUUCCUAGAUUACGAUACCUGCAUAGAGCGAGACGCGGUGCCAC